AAUAUUUCUGUAUUUAGGUGUUGAUACCUGGUACCUAUAAUGUUUCUAUCAAUACUGUGGUGAUUUAUUAUAUUAAUGAGGCAUGGCACAAAAUAAUGCAGCUCCACAAAAUCUGGUUUUGGCUGGGCCAAUGCAAAUUGAAGAAAAUGAACAAAAUAAUAUAAAUGAUGUUGGUGAAAAUGAGAUAGAAGGCAAUCCAGCGAAUGGUAAUAAUGGUGCAGGAAAUGGAAACAAUUCAAAUCAUAGACCACCUGUAGGUGCUGUUGCUGGAAUUCCGAAUAGAAACCUGAUGGCAAAUGCUGCUCCUAGGGCGGAGGGUGCUGCUGCCCAAGGAAUUAUAGUGAGAGAUAGAGAGCCACGACCACAGCCAGUGGUUGGUGUGCGCCCGGUAGCAUCAUCGAGACCACUUUAUAACUGGCAAGCUACAAAAGCUACCUUGAAAGAAAGAUUCCAAUAUCUUCAUAACAAUGAAAUCUUAUCAGAUGUUCGGUUCAUUGUCGGAAGAGGAAUACAGACACAGCGAAUACCAGCUCAUAAGUUUGUAUUGUCUGCUGGAAGUGCAGUUUUUGAUGCAAUGUUCAAUGGAAUACUUGCUACACAAUCAAAUGAGGUUGAAUUGCCUGAUGUUGAAGCUGCUGCAUUUUUAGAAUUAUUGCGAUUUUUAUACACCGAUGAAGUGAACAUUGGGCCUGAAACAGUCAUGACAACUUUAUAUACAGCAAAAAAGUAUGCAGUACCUGCGCUUGAAUCUCAUUGUGUCGAUUUUCUGAAGAAAAAUCUAGGACCACAUAAUGCUUUCAUGCUCUUGACUCAAGCAAGAUUAUUUGAUGAACCACAACUUGCAUCGCUUUGUCUUGAAAGCAUCGAUCAAAACACUGCUGAAGCAUUGAGUGCAGAUGGUUUUACUGACAUAGACUAUGAAACUUUAAAAUCAGUGUUGGAGCGGGAUACACUCGGAAUUCGGGAAAGCAAACUAUUUGUUGCAGCUGAAAAUUGGGCAGAAGCCGAAUGUGAGAGGCAAGAACUUGAAGUUACAAAGGACAAUAAAAGAAAAGUUUUGGGAAAUGCAAUCAAUUGGAUACGAUUUCCAAUAAUGUCAAUAGAAGAGUUUGCACAAGGACCUGCACAAUCGGGAAUAUUAACAGAGAGAGAAGUCGUCGAACUCUUUUUGUAUUUUCAUCUAAAUCCUAAACCAAGAGUCCGUUUCUCAGAUCGACCUCGUUGUUGUCUGACAGGAAAGGAACAGUGUGUUCAUCGCUUCAUGGAGGUUGCGCAGAGAUGGGGUUAUUCAGGCACCAGUGAUCGAAUAAGAUUUAGAAUCAACAGAAAAAUAUAUAUUGUUGGCUUUGGUUUAUAUGGAGCAAUACAUGGACCUGCUGAUUAUCAAGUUAAUUUACAAAUUGUUGUCACAGACACUGGUGUUGUUAUUGGGCAAAAUGAUACUGGAUUCAGUUCAGAUGGUUCAGAUAAAAAGUUUCGCGUAAUGUUUAAAGAACCUGUCGAGAUUUUACCAAAUGUAACAUAUGCUGCUUGUGCAACAUUGAACGGUCCUGAUAGUUACUAUGGGACAAGAGGACAUCGAAAGGUUACUCAUGAAUCACCAAAUGGAACUAAAACUCAAUUUUGCUUCACAUAUGCGUCUGGAAAUAACAAUGGUACUUCACCGGAUGAUGGACAGAUUCCUGAAAUAAUAUUUUAUACAUGACCUAUAUAUUGGGCUUGUUUCAUAUUUCAUACAUGAAAGGAAAGGCAAUGCUCAAGGGACAACACCACCUGAAAUGGCACUUAUUCUACUCGUUUUAUUAUUUUCACCAACUUCCGUAUUUCGCAGAAAUUCUAUAUUCUGUAAAUUGCUCAUCAUUCCAUUAAAAACAAUCUGUGAUUAUAUAAAUCCACAAUUUAUAGCACGUUGUUUUUUUGCUGGUCUCAACUGAAAUCUUUUUCAAAAAUUAUCGGUUGUCUUUUUUGUUUAUUAUUACUUAUACUUAUGUAUUAUUACUUACGCUGUAUGAAGCAAUAAGUUUGGCAUGUCACGUUUUUCCUAUUGUUUGGUUAAAAUAUUGCGUAUUCUUUAUCAAAUAGGGCCAGAAGGUUUGGAUUAACCUCUUCAUUUUGGCAUACAUGGGCACAUUGUAUCAUGGUUAAACCAGUACCAUGGGCCCAUUAUUUUCAAGCAUAUGCAACUUGUUCUACCAGUAAAAAGACACUAGACUAUAUUGGGGUUACUGGAUUUUAUCUGUGAAAAGUUCUGAUUUAUGAAAAGCCAUGUUCAACUUCUUGCAGAAAUAUUUUUUAGUCCGAUAAGCUACAGUUUUACUGUUGCUUCCUAAGAGUUUCAAAUUUAGCUUUAUCAUAAAGUUCCACAUGAUUUUGUUGCCAAUGCUGAACAUGAUGUAUUUUGUGUUUUCAAUUUUUCAUCAAAUGACAGUUACAGCUGAUGUAAUAGAUUAAAAAAUAUAAAGCUGACAACUGAUCGCAAAGCUUUCAAUGGUCGCCAACAAUGUGAACCUAUGAGCCUUUUUGAUAGUAAUAACUAGUUACUGGAGAUGGGACUUUCUAGGAAGCAGAUGUAAAUCCUAUUUGAGUUUCUAAUACUUGUCCCAGGUGUAUGGGAAAUGCAAUCAUUGCUCAUGAGAAAAGUGUGCUAUGUCUGUGUAGCCACGUCAAAUAAGGCACAGAAAACGGACGUCUCUGCCUACUCGACCGCAUUAAAUUAAAUAAAUUGGGUUUUCACUGGUAAUAUAUGAUUUGGGUGUAACGACUAGAAGAUUUUUUGUCCACCUUUAUUCACUACCAAAUACUUCAACCCUCCCUUCUUGUUUUUGCAUGGUGUAUUUUUAAUCCUGAUUUACUUGUGUACCGUAUAUAAUGUUCUUCCAACCUUAUUUGUGUUCACUCUGCUUCGUACAAUUAUAUAUAUAUAUAUGGCCGAACUGCAGUUCAGCCUUUGUAAA